AUGUUGCAGGAGAACCAAACAAGGCCAUCUGAAUUCCUGCUGAUUGGCCUGUCCGACUUGCCGCAGCUGCGCUUUAUCGUACUGGCUGUCUUCCUCUUCUUCUACCUCCUCACCUUGUCUGGCAAUGUCCUGCUGGGCUUGGCUGUAUGGAAGGAUACCCACCUUCAGACACCAAUGUACAUCUUCCUCUGCUCCCUGGCCCUCUCAGAGACCUUUAUAAGCAUAGCUUUGGUGCCCAAAGCAUUAACAGGUUUGGCGUCAUCUGAUGGUGUUUCUUCCAUCUCCUUCCCUGGCUGCGUGGCACAAAUGUUCUUUGCCUCUUCGUUGGCAUCUACUAACUGCUUCCUCUUGGCAGCCAUGGGGUAUGACCGCUCAGUGGCAGUUCGUGACCCACUGCACUAUGUGACACGAAUGGGAGGACAGAUGUGUACCAAGCUGAUCUCACUCUGCACUUUCAUUGGUUUCUGUGUUGGCGCUGGCAUGACCACCACUGUCUUCCAUCUUCCCUUCUGCCCAGGCCAUAACCGCCUCCAGCAUUUCUUCUGCGAUAUUCCACCUCUCCUGGACCUGGCCUGUGCAGAUACACAUUUUAGCGAGGUAGCCUUGCUUCUCCUUGGUCUGUUUGUUCUGGGCCUCCCCUUGUUUCUGAUUCUUCUCUCGUACACAUUUAUCAUGAGAGCUGUGUUGAGAGUUUCUGCUCCUGGGGGGCGCCAGAGAGCCUUCUCCACUUGUGGGGCUCAUCUUACUGUGGUGGUCAUCCACUUUGGCUGUGCUUCCUUCAUAUACCUCAGACCCAAAUCCAGCUUUCAGCCAGACAGGGACCGACUUGUCUCUGUGAGCUACUGUGUGGUCACUCCGCUUCUCAACCCAAUGGUCUACAGUCUCCGAAACCGGGAGGUUCAUGCUGCCCUCAAAAAGACUCUUGGUCUCAAGGUUGCAGCAACUUAA